GUUCAGGCCGCUCGCGAGCAAUGGGGCGCGGGAAAGUGGAGCUGAAGAGGAUCGAGAACCGCGUGAGCCGGCAGGUGACCUUCUCCAAGCGCCGCAAGGGCUUGCUCAAGAAGGCCCACGAGCUCGCCGUGCUCUGCGACGUCGACGUUGGCGUCGUCGUCUUCUCCGAGCGCGGCAAGCUGUUCGAGUACCCCGACCCGCCGGCCAGCUUGACUGAUCUGAUUCGCCGGUACGAGGCCGUCAACAACACGCAACUCCAGGAGACACCUUGCACGGAUCAUCAGCAAAUGAUCGCGGAGAUCGGCAGGCUGCGGCGGGAGUACCAGCAGCUCGAGGCCAACCUGAUGGCGUACACGGGAGAAUACCUGUCGUCUGUUGCUCCAGUGGAUGAACUCGACGAGCUCGAGCGGCAGCUCGAGAUGGCCCUCAGCAAAGUCCGUGCAAGAAAGGUACUGCAGUUUCCUAGCGAUACGAAAUUCUGAAUAAACUCUGAAUCUCUGCUUGCUGUGGGCCUGUGGCUCUGAAUUGUUAACCGCGUUCGUCGUUAAUCUCUGGCAGGAUGAGCUGCUGAUGAACCUCAAGGACGAACAGCAGCUCAAGAUCAACGGAAGAGGGCCCCAUGAUGCAGCUGCCACGGGCGAGGAGGGGAUGGAGGAGGAGAUGGCGGAGCCGGCGCCGGCACCGUCGCCGUCGUUCGCGUACCUCCUGAACGUGAACGAGAAGUCGGCGGCGAGCACGAUGCUGCAGCUGUGGCCGCAGACGGACGGCGACGACGACGACGUUGGCACAGCCGGCGGCGGUUCCAGCAGUCCACCCCCACCACGCGGUCUGCAGCUGUGGUGAACAAAGAAAGCGUAUGGAAGGUGCAGUGGUUGGCCGGCCGGACGUGUCGAACUGAUGGACUGGACAUGUUAGAUUUACUAAUUUGGCUCAAGUAGUAGUAGGUCUAAGAAAUUAGAGAAAGGAGUCGGUUAAGUAGCAGUACUAGGUCAUCUAAUGUUCAUGUGGCCAUAGGUUUUGUGAUGUCUUGGUCACAUCUAAUGGCGGUUGAAUUGGAUCUUAAUUCAAUGUUGCCUUCGAGCUGUUUGUGAAACGAAGGAUAAAGACCAUAACAUAGGCAGGGUAAAUUCAAGUUAUCAUUUUCCUCUACUAAUGUUG